AUGAGCGGCACGCGACGUGAUGCCCCGCCGCCUUUGACGUCUCCUGCUCCCAAGGCCGACAAUGUCCCUGAUGCGGGGUUGAGGAGUAUCAAUCAUUAUAAGCGAGCGCUUCCACGAUGGCGAUAUAAUCUCCGACAACAGGCUCUCCCGUUGAUUCGAUGGGAGACGCCGUAUCUGGCGUGGAUGCAGGAGAAACUGAGGACGCCAGCGCUGGAUAGUUACUUUGCCAUCACCGCAAACUUGGGAACGCAUACGUUUUUCAUGAUUUUCCUGCCGAUAUGCUUCUGGUGUGGUUGGGCGUCUCUAGGCAAAGGGCUCGUUCAUAUGCUCGCUCUUGGUGUCUUUUGGACCGGCUUCAUCAAGGAUUUCUACUCGCUCCCUCGACCUCUCUCGCCACCGCUUCAUCGAAUUACCAUGUCUGGAUCUGCUGCCCUCGAAUACGGAUUCCCCUCGACGCAUAGCGCGAAUGCGCUCUCCGUGGCUGUAUACGGGCUGUUGAGCUUGCACAACCCCGACAAUUCUCUGCCUCCGACGGUGAAGAUUAUCUUGGAGUGCCUCUCCUACUUUUAUGCCGCCUCUAUUGUCAUUGGUCGAUUAUACUGCGGCAUGCAUGGUUUCUUGGACGUAAUAAUUGGUUCCAUCAUUGGCGCUGCUAUUGGACUAGUCGAAUUCUACUACGGCCCUUCGUUUGAUGCCUACAUGCAUUCGAGCUCCUGGAUUGCUCCUGUACUUGCAGGCCUUGUCGUCAUUAUCUUUGUUCGCAUACAUCCAGAGCCUGCGGACGACUGCCCCUGUUUUGACGAUAGCGUUGCCUUUGCCGGAGUUGUGAUUGGCGUGGAAUUUGGAACCUGGACGUACGGCAAGAUCCCGUCAGAUCCCUGGGAGACCCACGCGUACGGUGAUGGCACUAUUGAUGUUGCACCCCUGGGUCCAUGGAUGAAUAUCGCCCGAAUCGUGUUUGGAGUUUUGGUGAUUUUCGCUUGGAGAGAAACCAUGAAGCCUGCACUGCUCAAGUUUUUGCCUCACUUGUUCCGCCUUAUGGAGAAGCUUGGCUGGGACUUGCCCCGACGAUACUUUACUCCCGCCAGUGAAUACAAGUCCGUGCCUCCUGGGUCUCGCCUGGACACCUUGUUCCCCAAGGCUUCUGACUUCCCUCGCAUGGUCGAGGGUAUUCGACACCCGACGACUCGCGGGCGAUCCGUGUCUAUUGGCCCUCAGAGCGCGGCAGAUGCGUACGAGGCGUUGGCGUAUCGGGAACGACGCCGUAGGGAGAGCAUCAGCAGUAAUCAGAGCUUGCGAAGCAAAUCUAGCAACAUGGACCUUCAGGGCAAGGAGGAAGAUCACUCUGGAAAGGGAGCUCAAACCUCCGGAGUACAGAAGCCCAAUUCCCAUGGCAAUGAGAAGGCAGACGGCGAAGUAUUAAUACUGAGUGGGGAGGAGAAUGGUGACGUUCCCGAGGAGAAGGAGCUUGAUGAUGAGGCAAUGUUUUCACGGCUGGUUCGCCCACGUGUGAGGUAUGAUGUUGAAGUAGUGACGAAAUUAGUGGUUUACACUGGAAUUGCCUGGUUUGCAACAGCGCAGAUUCCAAUCAUGUUUGAGUAUGUUGGUCUGGGAACGAAUCAUCUCCAAAUUCAGACACAAUGA